UCCUCAUCACACUUACCAUCUCUCUUUCUCUUUGCCUUAUUUAUCUCUUGCGUUUUGUUUCUCGUGUUGCAAUUCCAAUGUUUCGACCCCAAGCGGCGCAGCGCAGCCCAGCUGGCUCUCGACUGAUAUGCGAAGACAAAGCACACACACACAUGAAUUAGCGCGGCGCUAGAAACGCUAAAUCCUCUGACGUGCAACAAAACGUCCAUGAAAGGCGAUCAGGGGUGUGUUAAUGCUUAAGUGGUCGUGAUUAUCUGCGUUCUAUUUUCGCGAUGUGUUUGUUUCCGGACGUUGUUGACGCUGCCGGUCGCUUAUCGCCAACAUCCUUUUUUUUCUUUUUUGGUUGUUGGACUGCCGGACCCCCACAUUUUGGGUCCCGGCGAGGGGCCCAGUUUGUUUUGACUCGGGAGUGGGCGACUCCUAGGAAGGAGAGUGGUCAGUUAUCCUUGGUUGUGGAAGUGUUUGUAGUGCUUCUGGAACGCUGAGACAAGCUUUGAGAAAUCGAGAGACGGCAGGUUCAGUCUAACCUUCCCUCGUCAUUCUACAGCUUGACUAGCAACAAAGAAAUAUCUCGUCCCUAAAAUAGAUACCCUGCCUCCAUCUCGCCUUCACAUGCCAAGUAAGGAACAUACAAUACCUUUCUUUCAGUAUUCUCGCCCGAGACGCGAUGGCUCGAUAUUUCAGACAAAGGGGUCUACAAAGAAUUAUCCAAAUAUGGCGUUGGCAUUUCCGUAUAAAGACGUGGACUGGAAAUGGUCGUCCAAAAGUAUACCGAAUUUAGUCAUAAAGCUAGCUGUAUCUCUGCACUGGAGAUCUCCUGGCGGAUCAUGCUUCUUGCAAUGACUUAUGGCAAACACAUUGUUUCUCACGCUUAUAUGUGCCAUUUCACAUCACAUCAUGUCAUAACAUAAGUGUCAUUAAUCAACAACAAACUAUUACAACAGACCAAAUACUUCGUCUAUAUCCAAUUCACUCGAUCAUGUCUUUCACUACUACUACCCUGGCUCAGUCCCGGCAAGAAGCCAUGAAGAUCCACAACACCAACCACGAUGAAUCCCGAGACGGCCUCCCAAGCCUCAGCACCAGGCGUCGCUCUGCCUCCAUGAAAGUCCGCACCUUCAUCUCCCGUCGAAUAUCACAAAAUUUCAACUCUCCCCCACUCCAAUCACACCAUGAAGAAUCCAACAGCAGCCAAGAAAGGCCCAUAACACUAUUCCCGCGUCUUGGCAACCGAAAAUCUUCCCUUAAAGAUGAUAAAUCUGGGAACACAGACUACCAGGGGCAGAUAUACCGCAGUAGCAAAACGACGAGGAAAGAGGAGGGUUUCCUCUCGAGCAAUGAUUCAAGCGGGAGUCAUCUUCCGCUCAAAAUCCCAGCGGGAAGUCCGUCUUCAAGAUCCAAAGGCUUUUCUCUCCCCUCGCUUAAGAAUAAAAACACCUUCUCAGACCUGGUCAAGGAGAAAUUACACUGGAAACCUGAACUUAGGAACGAGGAUUUGAAUAUGGAAAUGACAAAAGAAGAAGCGGAAGGGAAUAGUGAGAAAUUGGUUAAAGCUUAUAAUCUCCGCCAGGCAAUGCUGGAAGGCAAAGUCGAGCGAGUUAUCCCACCAGCCAGCGCCGCCGUCUCCACCGGAAGGAACCGUGGUCCUCCUCCUAGACCGACACAUAACCCUUAUCUCCAUAACUCUCUCCCAAGCUCGAUUUCGUCUCAACCUCCUGCGCCAACCAUAUUAGGAGCAAUGGCAUUCAAGCUAUCAGAACCCCCUUCCUCACGCACCAGCUUCUCAUCCACACGACCCACAUCUCGCUCGCGGAAGACGAAAUCUGCAAGUAGUAGGAUUGUAAGCUUGAUUGGCAAUUCGGCUGAUGUAAUUGAUGAGAAGAGGAGGGGGAUACAAGGAAGGUUUAAGGAGCCGUUUGAGCAUAUGCCCUAUCCUUCUUUCACGCUGGCGAGGCGAGUGGAUGAUUCUGAGAGGAAGAGCGACAGGGAUAGUGAUGAGAGCUUCUUUUGUAUGGGGGAGAGGAAGCCGGGGCCUUUAGCAGUGGGUUUGGGAGUGGGAAGGGAAAGAGAGAUGAGUGCUGGCAGAAAUGGGAAUGGGGUUAAUACUGAGACCGGGGAUGAGGUACCAGGAAUGGUUGAUAGAGGGCGUGGGAGAGAGUUCCAUGAUUUGCCGAGGCCGAAGACGAGAGGUAAGGGCUCUGAGAGGAAUGACUGGAACAGAUUCAGCGGAUUCGACCAGGGCCGAGAACAAGAUGCUCAAGUCCAGUUCAAGGAAGUCAUCAAGAUGUGUAAGCUCUGCGGCCAUGGGAACGCAACUUCAAUGCGCAGACUAUGCGCAGAAUGCGAGCAAGGGCUUCUACCACCCAAACCGCAACACUCUACAUAUCAUACGCGAGACACAUACUCAGACUCAGAGUACGAAGACGAUAUCAUCCCACCCACACUACCUCUGAAGAUACGCAAGAAAGUACCAGAAAAGAAGAAAUCAGUAGAGUAUAAGUUCGGGCCCGAAGCAUAUGAACAAAGAAAUCCAUUCGCGUCCGACGACAAAGAAUCCGAUAAUGAAUAUCGGCCUGCCGUUCCUCCAAAAGACGACAUCUUUUUCGGCUUCUCCAGACCGAAUAAAAUGUACCAACCACAGAUUACCAGUGGAGAUCCAACAAGACAGGGUUCACAUCGUGCGAGAAUUGAGGCUCAUAAAGACACAUUGCCAGAGCCAUGGCCCAAGAACUCGAUUAGAGUGGAUCGAGCAAGCGGCUACGAGAGCGAUUACGGAGACAGUCCUACGUACAAAGAAUCUCGGUGGGACCUAGAUAGAUGGUCUGAACGUUUUGGAGAGGGAGCCGUGGACACCAUGAAAGAUAUGCAGGAGGAUGGGGUGCCGCUUGGGUCGAAACCUCGUGAAAUUUUGAAAAGGGAUCAGAAGUCCUAUUCGUACUGGGAGGUCAUAUUUGGGGAGUAUGGGCCGAGAAGUUCGACGAUGGAGGGGGGAAAGGCUGGGCCUGUAGAGGAGUAUUGGGUGGAUGAGGGGUGUGAUCUUGCAGAGAUUGUGGAGGAUGCUGGGAUGCGGCAGAAAAUGGGGAACAGUUGAAGAUUACUGAAGUAGGCUUGGCUGAACAGAAGCAUUUGUAUAAUGAUC